GCGGAGGCUCAGCCCGGGGCCAAGAUGGCGGCGGCGGCGGCCGGGGGCUCGUCCUCGGCGGCGGGUAGCAACGGGGCCGGCGGCAUGGAGGUGGACGUGGCAGCCGCGCCGUCGGUGAUGGCCGGGGGCGUCACGGGCUCGGUGUCGGUCGCGCUGCACCCCUUGGUGAUCCUCAACAUCUCCGACCACUGGAUCCGGCUGCGCUCGCAGGAGGGGCGUCCGGCGCAGGUGAUCGGGGCCCUGAUUGGGCGUCAGGAGGGGAGGAACAUCGAGGUGAUGAACAGCUUCGAGCUGCUGGCCCACGCCGUGGACGGCCACGUCCUGAUCGACAAGGAGUACUACUACACCAAGGAGGAGCAGUUCAAGCAGGUGUUCAAGGAGCUGGAGUUCCUGGGCUGGUACACGACUGGGGGGCCCCCAGAGCCCCCUGACAUCCAGGUGCACAAGCAGGUGUGUGAGAUCAUCGAGAGCCCUCUCUUCCUGAAGCUGAACCCCAUGACCAAGCACACAGAUCUGCCGGUCAGCGUCUUCGAGUCUGUGAUCGACAUCAUCAACGGCGAGGCCACGCUGCUGUUCGCGGAGCUGCCGUACACCUUGGCCACGGAGGAGGCCGAGAGGAUCGGCGUGGACCACGUGGCCAGGAUGACCGCCACCGGCGGGGGGGAGAGCUCCACCGUGGCUGAGCACCUCCUGGCCCAGCACAGCGCCAUCAAGAUGCUGCACAGCAGAGUGAGACUCAUCCUGGAGUACGUCCGGGCUGCCCAGGCAGGUGAGGUCCCCUUCAACCACGAGAUCCUGCGGGAGGCCUCGGCGCUGUGCCACUGCCUGCCCGUGCUCAGCACCGACAAGUUCAAGACAGACUUCUAUGAUCAAUGCAACGACGUGGGGCUGAUGGCCUACCUGGGCACCAUCACCAAGGCCUGCAACACCAUGAACCAGUUCGUCAACAAGUUCAACGUCCUCUACGACCGGCAGGGGCUGGGCCGCCGCAUGCGGGGGCUCUUCUUCUAGGGGCUGC